AGGACCUGCUGUGAGCAAGGGAUGUUGAUUUAGAAGUUACACAAUCUCUUUGAGCAGAGUAGGUAUGCUGCAUACUUUCUUCUUGCUGAUUUUUCUCUCCAAGGCCAGCUUCUUGAAAACUGAGCCUAAUGUGAGGAGCUCUGUCAUUUCUGCCCUCGAGAAAGUGACUGUCUUCAUGGAGAGUCGGUAUCAGGACAUCAAUUUAGAUGCAGUGCUGGGAUUUCAUGUUUUGCAAGGCUAUUUGAAAGGAGCCCUAGAAAAGUGGCCUUCAGAACAUGAAUUACUUGCUCAGCGUAUCCGAGUUGAGAGUGUGGUGAAGAAGUUGUCUUCUCUGAUUGAAAAAGCAACAUAUUCUCUAGUGCAGAAUGAUCCCAAGUAUUUCCAAGAAUUUGCACCAAUUUUAGGACCACAUUUCUGGGUCUUUCCCCGUUCAUGGAAGCAAACUGAUACCUUGCUGGCCUACACUUCGUUUGGUAGUUCCCAGUGUUUUACAGAGAAAACAAGUGACACGUGCUAUACGUAUUUGCUAGGAACAUGGAAGGAGAAUGGCAAGUCCUGCGUUGUCACAAGCACCUGUAGGGACAUAAUGACACAGCUUGGUUGCUCAGGUUACUCCUUGUCCCAUCAGCUUUUCUACUUCAUGUUUGCUGAUACGAAAGGAUGCUCUGAUGAUCUGUUCCUGAGGACGCAGUAUUACAAGAAUAUUUUCUGUGCUAGCAUGAUGAAAAUAAACUUGCAGAUCGAAAGCAAUGGAUUUGAGUCUUCUUCUCGAGACCUCUUCCUGGAAAACAUUAUGCUCUGUGGCAUGUCUGGUUUCUCUGACUUCUACAAACGCAGAUGGCUGGAGAAGAUUCUCACUUGGCAGAAGCCUAAGGAAGGAUGCUUUGGGGAACCCAGUAAAGAUUUUGAAUAUUCUGCUGGAACAGAAGACCAAAAGAAGCUGCUAAGAAGAGUUAAGAGACGGGAAAAGAUGUUUACAGAUGGAUGUUCCUCCCAUUACACAGCUGUUGCAGUAGGAGCGCUCGGAGGGUUCCUGUACUACUCCUGCUGCUGACAUUAACAACGCGCUGCAGACUGGCUACAGGAAGGCCACGUGCACCACGAGGCGAUCGGGCCUUGAGCAGUACUGGUGCUCAGCUCGUAGGGAAAUAGCAUUAACCCUUCAAAUCACGACCCUGUCAUGCAAUGCAAAACCCUGGGAGCUGGCUUUUAAUUAUGGUAACACUCGAUAGUCAUCCACUGCGUGUUUCCUUGUUAAGUUUUCAAGUAUCCCAGAGAGGGACGCAUUACCAUUAAAUACACACAUUUUUCUGUAGAUCAAAUUCUACUGAAUUUUAAGAUCUUCAACUUCACUGAAUCUGAAUUAAUAUCCUGGACGUUUCUGUGACGUCUCUAACUUUGCUGUCUCAAGUCCCAAUCCUGCCAGGUACCUGCCCUGGUUUUAGCUGAGAUAGAGUGAAUUUUCUUCAUAGCAGCUAGUAUGGCGCCACGUUUUGGAUUUAUGAUUAAAAUAGUGGUGAUGACAUAGUGGUGAUGACAUUGUGCUUACACAAAGACUUCUGUGCUUCCUACACUGCCCUGCCAGGAGGCUGGGGGUGCACAAGCAACUGGGGAGGGGACACAGACAAGGAAGAACAGCUGAUCCAGGCUGACCAAAGGGAUGUUCCCUACCAUAUGGCAUCACGCUCAGCACUGAAAGCUGGAGGGAAAGAAAGAGGAAGGGGGGCGGGGGGAACAACAUGUUCGGGGUUAUGGGAUUUGUCUUCCCAAGUAAUGUUAUGCAUGAUGAGCCCCGCUUUCCUGGAAAAGGAAAAAAGGCUAAACAUCUGCCUGCCGAUGGGGAGUAGUGAAUGAUUUCCUUAAUUUGCUUUGCUCGCAUGCACAGCUUUCCCUUUACCAAUUAAACUGUCUUUAUCUCA